CCCAAGUGCCCCAUCCACACGUUUUUUGAAUGUUUCCAGGGAUGGUGAUUUCACCACUGCCCUGGACAGCCCUUGCCAUGAAGAAAUUUUUCCUAAUAUCCAAUCUAAACAUCCACACUGAUGUCUGAAAUUCCUUCCUAUUUAGUGCAUUUUCCAUAAACAUUACAGUUCUUCUUGCUGGCUUUUAUGAACCCCUUUUCUUUAAUAGGCCACAUGGAGGACCUCCUCUCCAAAUAAACAUUUUAGGACACACUUAGUCUUAAUAUUGGAAUAACACUUAGGAUUAACCUUGGAGCAUAUUUAUCACACUCAGGUACCUUUGGCAAAGGUAGCUAUUUCAUAGAUCAGAUUUCCCAUCAUUCCUACUUGCUCCAAGAGAACCCUUCCAGGCCUGGAGAGACUGCUCAGAGUUCACUCUGUUCAGGAGUGCUUGGUUGGGGGUCUAAAAGAAUCUGUCUUCUCCAGUCACCUCUUGUCCAGGUACCAUUCCCAUAUCUUGUAUUGCUUUUGUAAACUUGCAAACUUUUGGCAUCCACCUUUUCCCUGCCCAUGUGCAAUAUGCCUUAAUGCCAAGUCUUCUGAAAUCUGGGAAAGGGAUUGUUAUUAAGAACUUUCAAACCCAUUUGCCCCGUAGCCUCUCACCCCGAGCUCCCGUGGCCCCUCUUGAGCAAGAGCCUCAUAUUCUGCUGCAUCAUUGCUUUUCAAAAAGAUGUUUAGCCUUGAGCCAUUCACCUAUGAACUCUGAUGGCGCCUCUUGAGCACAAACUGUGCUUUCUGCUCCACCACUGCUUUGCUAAAAAGGUGAAAGGUAGUUGGUUAAUGUGUUACCCAAACUUUGGUGACUCCACUGCUCCAUGUGUCAGCUCCUGCUUGCCAUAGAGGACAUUCUCUGAACUCCAGCCAUCUUUCUCAGAAAAGAUUGGGGAGUUAGGCCUUGCUUGUCAAAAGUGCAACACAAUUCUUGUGAUAUAAGCUCUGUGGAAUGGCCAUAAAUUUGAUUACUGACUUGAAUCUGGCCUGGGACAGUUGAGUGCACAGUGAGUCACUUGAAACAACCCUGUCCAGCAAAACUCCUCCAUGAACAACUGCUUUUUCUACUGAUUAUUCUGAAUAAUCUGAGAUAACCUAAAUGAAUAGCAAAGCAUGGGUGCCUUGAUAGCACUUUAAUCAAGGCUUUUAUCAGCAAUAUGGUCUUUGAACUCCAAUAACUUGUAUCAGUAAUCAUUUUGUAGAGAUAAAACAUUGAAGUCCGCCACAAUAUAAAUGAGGUACAAGGAGAUUUUUCUUCAUAUGCUGCUGAACAACGUAAGGAGGAGCAGCUGGUUUCUUUUCCUGCCCCAUGAGAAUUAUGUGGAGGCACCAGGUACAUACUGGGCUUGUGCUUUUCCUUGCUUUCUGGAGUCUGGCAGAUGGUGGGAAGCUCUUGGUGGUGCCUCAGGAUGGAAGUCACUGGCUGAGCAUGCGAAUGGUCCUGGAGAAACUCUGGGAGAAGGGGCACGAAAUCGUGGCCGUGGUUCCUGAUGCUGCCUUGCUCUUGAAAAGCCCCCAGUCCUUCACCAUCAAAACAUAUUCAGUGCCUUACACCCAGGAGUUUGUGGACCAAUACUACCAGAAGCUGGGGGAAGAUAGCUUUGAGACCCUAAAGCUCUCGUUUUUACUCAGCAACAUCACGGAGCUGACCAAUAUGUUCACUUCUGCUUGUCGGCACCUCUUAUCUGACAAAGAACUCAUGAAGUACCUCCAGGACAGCAAAUUCGAUGCCAUCAUGAUGGACCCUGUGCUGCCCUGUGGGCCAAUUCUGGCUGAGUAUCUCUCCCUGCCCUCUGUGUACUUCAUGCGAGGCCUUCCUUGUACCUUAGACUACAAAGGCGCGCAGUCUCCCAGCCCUGUAUCCUAUGUGCCCAAGACUUUAUCAUCUCUUUCCGACCGCAUGACGUUCCCUGAGCGUGUGAAAAACUUCCUGAUCGGGCUCUCAGAGCCUCUGCUUUGCCACCUGUUUUAUUUGAAAUACGAGGGCUUGGCCUCCGAGUUCCUGCAGAGGGAUGUAACGAUACAGGAGCUGUUCAGCCAAGCAUCAGUUUUGCUGAUGAGAUACGACUUUGUUUUUGAGUACCCGCGCCCCGUCAUGCCCAACAUGGUCUAUAUUGGAGGCAUCAACUGCCUGCAGAAGAAGCCACUCUCAAAGGAAUUUGAAGCCAUGGUGAACGCCUCUGGAGAACACGGCAUCGUUGUUUUCUCGCUGGGCUCCAUGGUGUCCGAGAUUCCUAUGAAGAAAGCCAUGGAAAUCGCAGAGGGCUUGGGAACAGUCCCUCAGACGGUCUUCUGGCGCUACACAGGCAAGGCACCCCCCAACCUGCCCAAGAACGUGAAGCUCGUCAAGUGGCUGCCUCAGAAUGACCUCCUGGCCCACCCCAAGACUCGUGCCUUCAUCACCCACGGAGGCUCCCAUGGUGUUUAUGAGGGAAUCUGCAAUGCAGUGCCCAUGGUGCUGAUGCCUCUCUUUGGGGACCAGAUGGACAACGCCAAGCGAGUGGAGUCCCGGGGAGCAGGGCUGACCCUCAACAUCCUGGAGAUGACUUCCAACGAUAUCUCCAACGCCCUGAAGGCAGUGAUCAAUGACAAAAGGUACAAGGAGAACAUCCAGCGCCUCUCCGACCUGCACCUGGACAGACCCAUCCACCCUCUGGACCUGGCUGUGCACUGGGUGGAGUUUGUGAUGAGGCACAAGGGGGCCCCUCACCUGCGCCCCGCCGCCCACGACCUCAACUGGGUGCAGUACCACUCGCUGGAUGUCAUUGCCUUCCUGGCGGCCGUCACCCUCCUCGUCCUCUUCAUCUCCUUCAAGUGCUGCCUCUGCUGCUGCCGCCGGUGCUUCUGCAAGAAGGGCAGGACAGGGAAGGCCACCAAAGCCAAGUCCCACUAGCACCUGGAAACAGUGGUAGGUGACCAAGCUCCCGCUCCAGACCCAGCAGAGGGGUCAGGGAACAGCUUGAAUUUCACUGCAAUGAAUAAAACACUGUGAUUUUCAGCCAAGGAAUGAUAGGGUUCCUUUGAAAUAGCAGCACGAGAAGGAUUGUUCCCCUGAUCUAAUUUUGGCCUUUUAAUUAAGAAUGGGUUGUUAAAAAUGCCUUGUGUAGAAGUGCUGCAGUCACUUGGGAAGGUCUGAGUGUGAAAUCCCCAGCCCCUGGCUUCCACCUGUCAGUGUGCAGAGGACUCAGUGACUUCUUUUAACCUCCACCUGCAGCAGAGACAGGUAGGGAUUUUGGAGGAGAACCAUCUGGCCAGAUUUUUGUUUGAAAUCUCUGUGUGGCUGCAGUUGUAGGAGAGGCAAAUGUUGUACACUCACAGUUCCUGAUCAUGCAAACCAAGCUCGAUGCACAUCUUCAUGGGUUUACAAGACCCUGAACAAAAGCAAGCUGCUGGAAAACCCCUGGUGUUUCCCCCAAAUUGCCCAUCAGGCAGAUGUGCUGUAGCUGGAGCUCACCUGCUGGUGAGGAGAUCUUUGUAAGCAUCACUUAUAAACCCCCAAAACUGAUUUGCUCUUUGUAAGUGAUGCUCAGGGAAAGACCCAAACCCCAGCCCUAUAAAUAAACUCCGAAUACUAAAAAGAAA